CUUGCUGACUCACCUCUCAUUUGUGCUUGCUUAUUUGACUAAUUAAACGUCUCGUCUCUUUCUUUUACAAAUGUCUUGAAAGACAAACUUCAAGGUUUAGAAACUCAAAAGACUGUCCAGAUGCUACCUUCGGAGGUCGAACAAAAGAACAAAGUCUCUCCUCCAGAAAAAGCGAGGCCAAGCAGGCUCGAGCAGCGACAGGAAAUACAUCACGUGACUGAGAUGGUGUUUUUCACCGAGGAAGCUUGGUCUUAUGAGGCCGAGCCAGAAGAUCGAGCCCAAGUUUCGUUCAAGAAAGCCUUGUCCCCGGCGGAACAUGUGAAUGUUUCGUUGCUUGAGACCCGGGUGAAACAGUCUAAGCCGAGAGGCAAGAUAUCUGUGACUGACAGGAAAGAGACUGCUGUGAUAACCAAAAAAACUGAAGAUCUUAAGAAAGAGCAGGAAGCUACUGAAGAAGUUACAGAUGAGAGAAAAGACAAGAAGCAGGUAGUGGCAGUAAAGAAAGAAAGCAGGGCAGCAAUCCAGAAAGAAACUAAGGAGACUGGCGUCAGAGUCUCGACGGUGAAACAGAAAGUAGAAGUCGAGGCAGCCCACGAAGACCGCAUUGAGAUCACUGCAUCUUCUGCACAAGACAAACAAAGCCACAGACCAGAAGACAAGGUGGUAGAGGCCGACAAAGUCAUAGCGAAAGAUGAACAUUCAGCGCUGAGCCAGGUAGCUGAGAAAAAGCGGGAGAAGACUCAACUGAUUGAAGAAAAAAGUAAGGCAGAAGCAGAGGCCUUGGUGUCAGAUAUCCCGUCUCAGCAAAUCCUUUUUCAAGAUUCUUGUGAUAAAACCCCAGAAGAAGACUCAAGUGUUCAGAUUCAAACUUUAAGAAAAAGCCAAGAGAAGGAAGACAAAGCGGCCACCAGAGGUACACCCAGGGGUUUUGACUUCAGCCUCAUCCCCGUCACUCUUUUUUUCCUCAUUCUCUUUUGCCACUUAAGUCUUUCUUCUCUGAAUAGUAACAUCUUGUGUUUGACACUUGUCUUUUUAAAGAAGCUGACAAGAUUCCUGCUGUUGUGGAGAUGCUGGAGAAAGAAGUCGAGAGAGGUAGAGCAGCAGCACGUCUGCCUUUGGGCUGACCAAUUGCUGGUUGUCUUUUCUGUGUAUUCUAACUAA